AGUGCGGAUGCCGUUGAACAAGCACCAUGACGGCCGCGAUGUGCGAGAUGCGGCGGCUGGAUCAUUGAGGAAACACAACAAAGCUCGGGACGAUUAGGACUGGGACAAUAGGAGAGAAGUCAGUGGAUUGGGCCGCACUCCCUCCUUCCCGCCCCCCCGCUCUCCCCUCGGGGGGGAGCGAACAACUCGGACCGAUGAACCUGGCCAGUCAGAGCGGGGAGGGCGGCAGCAGCCAGCUCCUCUUCGCCAACUUCAACCAGGACACCACGGUUUGGAAUUAGGCCCAUGUUUGAUUGCAACAGAUGACAUCUUGCGUAUGUCUGAUUAUGCAACAGCUGAAAGAGCAUAACUUCUAGAUUUUUCUCCUGUGGGGAGUGGGCCACUCUUGCAUAAUUCCAACUAUAUGCCAUGGAAUUGAGUGCCUUUUCUUCCAGGUCCCUUGCAGUUGGCACAAAAUCUGGCUACAAGUUUUUUUCCCUUUCUUCGGUGGAUAAAUUAGAACAGAUUUAUGAAUGCACUGACACAGAAGAUGUAUGUAUUGUGGAACGACUGUUUUCCAGCAGUCUAGUAGCUAUUGUGAGCCUUAAAGCACCCAGAAAAUUGAAGGUUUGUCACUUUAAAAAAGGAACGGAGAUCUGCAACUACAGUUACUCUAAUACUAUUCUGGCUGUCAAGCUAAACAGACAGAGAUUGAUAGUAUGUCUGGAAGAGAGUUUGUACAUUCACAAUAUCCGAGAUAUGAAAGUACUGCAUACCAUUCGGGAAACACCACCAAACCCCACAGGGUUGUGUGCACUUUCCAUUAAUAAUGAUAAUUGCUAUCUUGCUUACCCUGGUAGUGCAACCAUUGGGGAAGUACAGGUGUUCGAUACUAUCAACCUGAGAGCUGCCAACAUGAUCCCAGCCCAUGACAGUCCUCUUGCUGCUUUGGCAUUUGAUUCAAGUGGUACAAAACUGGCAACAGCCUCUGAAAAGGGAACAGUUAUCAGAGUAUUUUCCAUUCCCGAGGGGCAGAAACUCUUUGAAUUCCGGAGGGGUGUUAAAAGGUGUGUGAGUAUCUGUUCACUAGCAUUCAGCAUGGACGGAAUGUUUCUGUCGGCCUCCAGUAACACAGAGACGGUACAUAUCUUCAAACUGGAGACACAAAAAGAAAAACCGCAGGAAGAACCAACCACGUGGACUGGGUACUUUGGGAAAGUGCUCAUGGCUUCCACUAGCUAUCUGCCUUCACAGGUCACAGAAAUGUUUAAUCAGGGCAGGGCAUUUGCAACAGUCAGAUUGCCCUUCUCGGGACACAGAAACAUCUGUGCGUUGGCAACAAUUCAGAAGAUUCCUCGACUACUGGUUGCAGCAGCGGAUGGUUAUCUCUACAUGUAUAACCUGGACCCACAAGAGGGAGGCGAGUGCACACUAAUGAAACAGCACAAGUUAGAUGGUAGUGUAGAGCCUGCCAAUGAAAUUCUGGAGCCUUCACCACACGAUCGGCCAUUAGUAUCUCAGACAUACAGUUCACCUGCUGCCAAAGUUAGCUAUACUCCUUCAUCACCAACACGGCAUGCCUACCCAGAGGACCAAGGAGCAGUGGGUGGAAUUGACCCAGACGAUGAUUUGAAUAUUGGCACACUGCGAAUGGAUGAGGACAAUGAGACUCCUCCCCUGAUUCUCAAGAGCGAGUGAUUGUUGAGUUGUACACUGGUACAUGCUGGGAGAGAACACUUGCAGUAGAUUGAAUUGUGAUGCUGCUGCAGACUUUUAUUGUUGCAGGACAGAGUGAAGAAAAAUAUGGAAGGAACAUUUUAAAAAUGAAAAAGAAAUUGUAGCUGUAGUUUAAUUCUAUAAUAUUGAAAACAAAAUAUAUUGUUUUUCUUCCCCAGUGGCUUUUAUUCAUGUGAAGAAUUUGAUUAAAUAUAAUGUAUUUUUCCCCUUUUCAGCCAAAAACUGCCACCUCAUGCAGCCUUGGAGCCUAAUAGCUUUGCAUGUUUACAUGUGCCAAGAUUUGAGAAUAUAGGAGCCACUUUAAUAUUGCCAGUCCAGUUGUUUUCCCAAGAAUACAUUUUGUCCCUCCAUUCAGGGAAACUGGUUUCCAAAGUUAUAAGGUAGCAACCUUAUCCCAACCCAUUUUUUUAAUUAAAAAAAAAUCACUUCCAGCCUCCUGUAACUGUAAUUUCCUGUGUGGUUUUGUCCAUUUGCUAAUAAUGGACUCAGCAGUAUGAAGUUGUGGUCCUUCAAAUUUCAUUCCUUUGGGGAAAUAACUAUUGAGUUUACUUUAAAACUUGCUCCAAAAGAGACUGUUCAUUGAGUGUGACACUAAGAAUGAAUCUUAAUCCAAAGGGUUUAAAUAUUGAGUGGAUAAUUGUAAGUUACUCUGAAAAUAAAAGGUGGUAUCCCAUGUGUUUUUUUUUAA